UGCAGGCCUCCCUGCUGAGGCCACCAGCCAGAGCGCACAUGCACAUGGUGGCCGGUCUUUCUUAGUGAAGAGGGAGGAUGGAAACCAGGGUUAGGUUCUGUACCUCUGAGAGCGGCUGACCUUUAUCCACCACCAGAGGCUUUCUGUUGCUUUCCAAGUUUUCUCUUCCUGCGGAACAUGGAUGUGUAUGCUGGCUGCAGAUGGUCGGGACCCACCAUCCAGUUCCCAGUGACCUGACUGCGGAGGAGCGACAAGAACUGGAGAAUAUCCGGAGGAGGAAGCAGGAGCUGCUGGCUGACAUUCAGAGGCUGAAGGACGAGAUAGCAGAAGUCGCUAAUGAAAUUGAAAGCCUGGGCUCCACAGAGGAGAGGAAAAACAUGCAGAGGAACAAACAGGUAGCCAUGGGCAGGAAGAAGUUUAACAUGGAUCCCAAGAAGGGGAUCCAGUUCUUAAUAGAGAACGACCUGCUGAAGAACACUUGUGAAGACAUCGCCCAAUUCUUGUACAAAGGGGAAGGGCUCAACAAGACAGCCAUCGGUGACUACCUGGGGGAGAGAGAUGAGUUCAACAUCCAGGUCCUGCAUGCAUUUGUGGAGCUGCAUGAGUUCACUGACCUGAACCUCGUCCAAGCUUUGCGGCAGUUCCUGUGGAGCUUCCGGCUCCCCGGAGAGGCCCAGAAGAUUGACCGGAUGAUGGAGGCCUUUGCCCAACGGUAUUGUCAAUGCAAUAAUGGAGUCUUCCAGUCCACGGACACUUGCUACGUUCUCUCCUUUGCCAUCAUAAUGCUGAACACCAGCCUCCACAACCCCAAUGUCAAAGACAAGCCUACUGUGGAGAGGUUCAUCGCCAUGAACCGUGGCAUCAACGAUGGGGGAGACCUGCCUGAGGAGCUGCUCCGGAAUCUGUAUGAGAGCAUAAAAAAUGAACCCUUUAAAAUCCCAGAAGACGAUGGGAAUGACCUCACUCACACGUUCUUCAAUCCAGACCGAGAAGGCUGGCUGCUGAAGCUCGGAGGUGGUAGGGUAAAGACCUGGAAGAGGCGCUGGUUCAUUCUGACUGACAACUGCCUUUACUACUUUGAAUAUACCACGGAUAAAGAGCCACGAGGGAUUAUCCCCCUGGAGAACCUGAGUAUCCGAGAGGUGGAGGACUCCAAAAAGCCGAACUGCUUCGAGCUGUAUAUUCCUGACAACAAAGACCAAGUAAUUAAGGCAUGUAAGACGGAAGCCGACGGGCGGGUGGUGGAGGGGAACCACACCGUGUACCGGAUUUCAGCCCCCACACCUGAGGAGAAGGGGGAGUGGAUCAAGUGCAUCAAGGCAGCCAUCAGCAGGGACCCUUUCUAUGAGAUGCUCGCAGCACGGAAAAAGAAGGUCUCCUCCACAAAGAGACACUGAGGGCAUGCCAGGCACGCUGGCCCACGGAGCUGCGGCCCUUUCUCCUGCCUCCACGAGGGGCGCCUCGUUGGAGCGGGAGUGCCGAGGGCCCCUCAGCCAGUCUUCACCUCUUCCUAGAGACUAGCUUCAGCUUUUGCAAUUUUCUAAAUGGGAGAAGGGUGCGCGUUGAUGGCCAGGGCUGGACCCCACCACCUGCCACGCAGGGCUCCGGAGCCUCUGUCAGAGCAGCUGUUGGCCGUAGAGCAGUACUGUGACCCCAGGCCUUGAUGCCACAGGGCACUGCUGAUUACCCUGCAGUGCUCCAGCCGAGGGCUGGCCUUUACCUCCGCUUCAUAAAUACCUGUGAGGAUAGAGUAUGUACUUAGGAGAAAGGUGGAUAGGAAGAGAAGCCACGUACUAUAAAGGUUUAUUUUUGUAAGCCGGGCGUGGUGCUCUCCGCCUUUAAUCCCAGCACUCGGGAGGCAGAGGCAGGCGGAUCUCUGUGAGUUCGAGGCCAGCCUGGUCUACAUA